UAACGCUAUAAUUCGUACAUAAAACCCUAAACUCUAAACCAUAAACCUAACUUUUCACCAUUAUCUUCCGCUGACGAGCCAUGACAUGAACCACACAACACCACCACCUCAGAGUUCCGAAGAUCAGGAGGAUCGUUCGCCGAAAUUCGAGUGGGACUUCCACAUCUCCGCCGUGGUCUCAUCCUCGGUCGGAACAAUCUCCGACACCCUAGGCGUCAUAGAAGUUAACUCCUUGGGCACCCUUUUCGCCACCGGCGGUAUCGCUAGAAAAAUAAGAGUGUACACCUUAAACGGAAACCCGACAUGCCAAAUCAACAUAUGCACACCAGCAAAACUCAGCAGCUUGAAAUGGAAACCUUUAUCCGCGGGAAAAACCAUGGGCUCCGCGGAUUACGAUGGCGUCAUAACCGAAUACGACUUGGAAACACAGAUGCCGGUGUUUGAGCGCGACGAGCACUCAGGCCGGCGGAUAUGGAGUAUGGACUACUCUCAUGGUUCCGUCGUCGGAGCCUCAGGCUCCGACGACGGAACCAUGCAAAUCUGGGACCCGCGCCAUGAUGGCCUUAAAAGUGUGGGUAAAGUACACUUCGGGGCCCCAGUUUGUUGUGUGGAGUUUAGUCCAUUUGGUGGCGCGUUAAUAGCCGUUGGAUGCGCUGACCGAAAAGCCUACGUUUACGAUGUGAGAAACAUGGUUAACCCGGUUGCAAUACUUGAUGGGCAUCAAAGAACCGUGAGUUACACAAGAUUUGUGGAUGAUCGGACGGUGGUGACGUCGGGUACAGAUGGGUGUUUAAAAAUGUGGAACAUAGAGGAUCAUGAUCAUAGUCUCAUUCGAACAUAUAGAGGGCAUACAAAUCAAAGAAGAUUUGUCGGGUUAUCCAUUUGGAGAAACCAAGGGUUGAUUGGAUGCGGGUCAGAGAGUAACCAAGUGUUUGUGUAUGAUAAGAGAUGGGGUGAACCCAUAUGGGUGCAUGGGUUCGAACCGGAGGGUGGAACGAGGUCCGAACAUGGGUUUGUUAGUAGUAUAUGUUGGAGCCAAGUGGGAGAUGAUGAGUGCACGUUGGUGGGUGGUGGUUCUAAUGGUGUUGUAAAGAUUUUUUCUGGAAAAAGAAAGACAUUAACCUCUAUUAGUUAGCAAAAUUAAAGGUGACAACUUCUUUUUUUUUUUUUUUUUUUUUUUGAAUUUGUUCCUUGUUACAAGUAGUAAGUUGUAACUGAAUGAGCUGAAUAUUACUUCUUC